CUCCCCGCACCGCACCGCACCCGCGGCGAGGACCACUCUCCCUCUACCGCCGCCGCCGCCCGCGGCCCUUCCUGCCUCCGCUCGGGGCGGCGAGGGCGACGGGCUCAGGUGCGGGCGCGGGGCCCCUCCGCAGCGCCCGCCGCAGCGCCGCGCCAAGCCGCACCCGCACCCGCAGCCGCUCCUGCUCCGGAGCUCCGGCGCCUUCGCUUCCGUCUCGGUCAAGUUGAGUCCACCGGCUCCCGCGCCACCUCCCGCGCCCCGCCCCGCGGCCAAGCCGCCACCCUCGCCGCUUUCGCUUCACCGGAGCUGGGGCUGCGGGGCCCCGACGCGGAGAGGAUGGGGAGUGGGCUGCGGAGGCCGGGGCGCCCCCAGACGCCCGCGCGGCACUGAACGGCCGGCCUGCGCGCUCCCGGGGUCCCCGCCACCCUCGGCGCCCCCUCUCGCUGCGCGGGCACCCCGCGGCCCGGCGGCCCCCUCCCCCUGCGAGCCGCAGCGGAGCUCCGGGCGGGCGGCGCGGGGCGGAGGCGGGGCGGGGCGGCGCAGGGAGCCCGGAGCCCGGCCCUGCGCUCUGCUCGGCUCGCUUCGAGGCGGGCGCCCUCGUCGCCAGCGGCGCACCAUGGACGGGCUGCCCGCCCGGGCGCUGGGGGCCGCCUGCCUCCUGCUGCUGGCGGCCGGCUGGCUGCGGCCUGCGGCCUGGGGCUCGCCCACGCCCCCGCCGUCGCCCGCUGCACCGCCGCCCCCGCCGCCCGCAGCCCCCGGCGGCCCGCAGGACACCUGCACGUCGUGUGGCGGCUUCCGGCGGCCCGAGGAGCUGGGCCGGGUGGACGGCGACUUCCUGGAGGCGGUGAAGCGGCACAUCUUGAGCCGCCUGCAGAUGCGGGGCCGGCCCAACAUCACGCACGCCGUGCCCAAGGCCGCCAUGGUCACGGCCCUGCGCAAGCUGCACGCGGGCAAGGUGCGCGAGGACGGCCGCGUGGAGAUCCCGCACCUUGACGGCCACGCCAGCCCGGGUGCCGACGGCCAGGAGCGCGUCUCCGAGAUCAUCAGCUUUGCAGAGACAGAUGGCCUCACCUCCUCUCGGGUCCGCCUGUACUUCUUUAUCUCCAACGAAGGCAACCAGAACCUGUUUGUGGUGCAGGCCAGCCUUUGGCUGUACCUGAAGUUGUUGCCCUAUGUCCUUGAGAAGGGCACUCGGCGUAAGGUGCGGGUCAAAGUGUACUUCCAGGAGCAGGGCCACAGCGAGCGGUGGAAGGUAGUGGAGAAAAAGGUGGACCUCAAGCGCAGCGGCUGGCACACCUUCCCGCUGACUGAGGCCAUCCAGUCCCUGUUUGAGCGGGGCGAGCGGCGGCUCAACCUGGAUGUGCAGUGCGACGGCUGCCCGGACCUGGCCGUAGUGCCUGUGUUCGUGGACCCCGGUGAGGAGUCCCACCGGCCCUUUGUGGUGGUGCAGGCGCGGCUGGGAGACAGCAGGCACCGCAUCCGGAAGCGGGGCCUGGAGUGCGAUGGCCGGACCAACCUGUGUUGCAGGCAACAGUUCUUCAUUGACUUCCGCCUCAUCGGCUGGAAUGACUGGAUCAUCGCGCCCACCGGCUACUACGGGAACUACUGCGAGGGCAGCUGCCCAGCCUACCUGGCUGGGGUCCCGGGCUCCGCCUCCUCCUUCCACACAGCCGUGGUCAAUCAGUACCGCAUGAGGGGCCUGAACCCUGGCACGGUGAACUCCUGCUGCAUCCCCACUAAACUCAGCACCAUGUCCAUGCUCUACUUCGAUGACGAGUACAACAUUGUCAAGCGGGACGUGCCCAACAUGAUCGUGGAGGAGUGUGGCUGUGCCUGACAGUAAUGGGGCUGAGGAGGCGGCAGUGGGGUGCCAGGACCCUCCUGGAAGGGCUUCUCCCAGCCCCCCGCCCCCCCAGGACGAGGACGGCGAUUAGAGCGGGAGGAGAUGUGGUGGGCUGAGUGGUUGUGCUCUGGGGCUGCCUGGAAGGUGUCAGGGUGAGGAAUGAACUCUUUUCCUGCUAUUUCAUCCAGAAAUCAGUCAAAAAAAGAAAAGACAGGAAAGAAAAAAAAAGCAAGAACCCUCGAAUGACAUGAGAUACUUUAAAAUGCACACGUAGACACGCACAGCCAGACGCAUCCUGCCACCCACACAGAGCCUCCAGGAUACCAGCGAAUGGAUGCAGUGACAAAUAGCAGCUUCGCUCCAAAUGCCUGUCAGUGGGGAGAGGACGGGGUGAGCAGCCACCCCCCCCCCAGCCAGCUGGCCUGGCCACUCUGAAUCGCGCCUUCUGAGCACACAUAAAAGCACAAAGACAGACAGACACACACACAUGCACACAAAGCAUGUGAGCCACGGUGGGGUGGGUAGGCAGAGCGCUGCGUGUCCCCUUUGGCUUGUGCAAGGUCUGCAGGGCCCCAGCAUCUCCUGGCUCUGGGGUGAGCCCGGACCCCUGCUGGAGACCCCCUUCCUGCUGCAGCACCAGGGGAGCCCACUCUCCCCUGCACCCCUGUGGAGAGUAAGAGGCCCCAAGAGGACGUGAGCCGAGGAUGUAGCCUGACAGCACAGUGGCCAUACCCAUUUGACUGUGGCUGGGGCCCUUGGCUUGACUUCUAAGCCUGUUGGCUUUUGGGGUGGGGCGGGGGGCGAAGCAGAGAAGGGUCUUUAUUUGAUGCUUUAACUCACUACUAGCAGGUGACAAGUCAUCUGUUCUGGUUGUAUCAUCGAAAAGGGACUUUCUCAUCAGGUAUGGUGAUGGAUGACUUUUAAGUUAAAAAAAUCAGAAUUGGUCUACAAUAGCCUGCCCUCCACUGGGCUCUUCCUUUAGGAUUGGUUGGGGAGGAUGAACAGUGCUCUCUCCUAACUAGCCCUUCCUCUCCUAUCCCCAAGGCAAGUUUAUGAGCCCAGAGAGGGAGAUGGAGGCCUGGAGACAUUCUGGUGAUGUGGGGAGUGGGAGUACAGGUGCUCUCUUGGCUGAGAUGAGGAAGGGGAGCAGUUUAACUGGUCUUGAAGAGGUGGGGAAAGCUUACAGCUGCUUUGUAGACCAUGCCCAUGUGGACCGGGGGCAUUGUGGCAUCAUGGCAUCAAGGACGUGGCCCCUGCCCGCCUGCCCGCCUGCCCCUCCCAACACUUGCAGGCCUGCCUGAACGCACACGAUUUAGCACUUGCCCAUCUGCGUGUGGCCAGAAGUGGCCCUCGGCAGAGCACUGAACUCGCUCACCCCCCCCAACUGUCCAAGUGCCACAUGAACUAUGCAAUUUAAAGGGUUGACCCACACUAGAUGAAAACUGGACUCGUACGACUCUUUUAUAUUUUUUAUACUUGAAAUGAAAUCCUUUGCUUCUUUUUUAAGCGAAUGAUUGCUUUUAAUGUUUGCACUGAUUUAGUUGCAUGAUUAGUCAGAAACUGCCAUUUGAAAAAAGAAGUUAUUUUUAUAGCAGCAAAAAAAUACAGUUAAAUGUAUUAUACAUAAUUUUGGAACCAAAGAGGCCAACAGAUCAGUUUUAAUUUUUCUUAGAUGGUGAGGCCAUCUUCUGUGAGGUAGUCAUUCUCUGAACAAUCCCUUGAGUGGCCUGCCAAUGUUUCAGGGUAUAAGUGGAUUUUGUUUAUUCAGUUUGAUGUGUCUUUUCUACCCUUAUGCAGCCAGGAGGUAGAAUAAAAAUGAGAAUGGUAGAAUGCAGGUGUGUAUCCUUAAACCCCGUCUUCUUGUUUAUUUAAUAAAGCUCCCCUUAGGUUCUGUUUCAUAAUAAUUUAAAACCAAACACUUUCCCCCCAUAGAAUUGCUGUUAAAGUAUUCUCCAUUUGUGUACAGUUUAAGAAAAUAAAAGACUGAGUAUCACAGGC